UGUAAUAACUGAUCUAGUACGCAGAAAUCAGGAUGAACGGUUGCAAGAACACUUUCGACGUACUAAGGGUCUUGAGGCUUUAUUGAAAUUUUUGGAUGUAAAAAUUUUGGAUAAAAAAUAUUCUUACAAUGAGAAAAGAAUUUUUCUAUUAAUAUUAUUUAUAAAAAUAUAUAUUUCUAUAUAUUAAUUUAGAACAUUGAGUGGUUAGAUCUUCAUACGAAUGCGCUUUGGAUCCUUCGAUUCGCCUGUGACAAUCCCACGACAGUCGAACAAUUCAAUGAUAUUGGUGGUAUCAAACAGAUAUUAAAAUAUAUAGAAGAUACGUUACAUUCGAAACUUUUCAAACAAAUUCUGGAUAUAGCUGUUUGUUUAUCGCAUACAUCUAGGGGUAGAAAAAUGCUGCACAUGUAUGGUAUCGUCGAUUAUUUGUUACAUACGUUAUUUGGUAACGUGCAAGAAAUGUACGAAAUUAGUUGUCACGGUAUCGGUAUGAUGGCUCUAUACAGUCGAGCAGCUAAAGAUUUAACUACAAGCAAUUGCGUGAAAAACAUUCUAGAUGUGCUGAAAAAUGAUAAUUUGAACUGGUCUGCUAGACAAGCAGCUUUAUUUGCUUUAAAUCAAUUAAUGAAAUGUGAUAUAAAGAAUUGUGAAGAUUUCUUAAGUAUUCAAGGACAGAAUUAUUUGUUGUGGCUGAUGAAAACAAUAGGAAAAGUUCCAGUUGAAAUUUUAGUUGAUGCUGUAGAUUGCCUUAUUUCAAUAGCAAGAAAUCAAGUAUUGAGAGAUAUUAUUAUUAACACGGAUAUCAUUGAGGCUAUGUGUGCAUCUUUCGAAUUAACCUGUAUAUCGAUGGAUGAUUUCAAAAUCGCCUGUUGUAAAGCUUUAUCCAUGAUGUGUCUAGAGGAGAAGGGAAGACAAGAAUUUCUAAAGAUCGAAGGUCCCAAAAGAUUAUAUAAUCUAUUAUGUGACAUCAAAUCGAUUCCAAUAAGAAACGCAGCUGCUCAAUUGAUUCAAUUGUUAUGCGCGGAUCCGGUUCUGGCAAAUGCUUUUGUUUCGGCCAGAUUCUUGAAUUACAUGUUGAAUAACCGAAGCACUGCGCGAAUCGUUCCUUCUUGGGACACGUGUAUAGAAGCCUUAUUUGAUUCACAUCUGCCGAUCAAGUUCGCUUUUACUGGACGACUUUCAUUGCACGAUAUCACUCAUGAUGGAUUUUACGUGCUUCGAAGAAACGUUUGCACGUAUGAUAUUCUUAGAUUUUAUAGAUAUUUUCAUUUUUUAAUUUUUUUUAAAUUUCUUUUAAUUUUUAUCAGAUUUCCUAUAUUGGAUGAUAUCCUUCGAUUCAAAUUCUGUCCUCUGGAACCUAUCUAUGUAGUCAAUUGUAGUGAACCAGAAGAUUGUAAUCAAUUGAAUUUGGAAGAAUCGAAAGAAACAAUUAGUCGUGGCGUUUUCUUGUCGACCGAAAUAGCAAAGUUAACAUUGGAUACCAAGUUUGGUACUCUUCAGCGUGAUACUUGUCUCUAUAAUUAUGUAGAAUUAUUUAAAUGCAAAUUAAUCGCUAAUGAAUCGAGAAACGUAGUAUCAAAAACAACAAAAGGAUUUAUAAAUAUCAAUUAUGUAGUCUCCCGUGCUCAAAUGUUAGCUAAAUUUGUUUCUCAACAAAUGUCAGGACCAGAUCCUCUUAUUACAUGCGUGGAUCACCAAUUAGAGAUUCAUUUGAAAGAAAUUAAAGAUACCAUAGAAACCAGCGUAAUACCAUUGGGAAUGUUACGAGUUGGUUCUUAUUUCGAAAGAGCAUUGCUUUUCAAAGUGAUCGCCGAUAGAAUACAUUUACCUGCCGCCUUGGUGCGAGGAGAAUAUGGUAAAGCUUGGAUCGAAAUUGCUGUACCAGAGGUAGAGGAUAUUGGAUUUUUAUAAUUUUUCUUCAUCAAUUUAGUU